AUGGUGAAAGACUAUGACACUGUGAUACACUUUAACAGUCCUAAAGUUCAGGCAUCUCUGGCAGCCAACACUUUCACCAUUCCCGGCCACGCUGAGACAAAGCAGCUGACAGAAAUGCUCCCCAGCAUCUUAAACCAGCUUGGCGCAGACAGUCUGACUAGUUUGAGACGACUGGAUGAAGCUCUGCCCAAACAAUCUGUGGAUGGAAAAGCACCACUUGCUACUGGAGAGGAUGAUGAUGAUGAAGUUCCAGAUCUUGUAGAAAAUUUUGAUGAGGCAUCCAAAAAUGAGGCUAACUGA